AUGAGUGUGGACGGCACUGGGUUCAAGUCCAGGCCCUGCCAGCUGUGUGAGCUUCAGCAGGUCCCCCAGCGCCCCUGGGCCUCACUUGCCUGCCGGCACAACAGGGAUGGUAAGAGCACCUCUUUCGGGGGUCACUGGAAGAACCCCACCACACCUACCCCGGAGGGCCUGGCCGUGGCAGGUGCAUCCCUGGGGAAGCCGGUUCGGCCAGACCUCGCGGAGCCGGGCGGUGGCGUGGGGACUCGGGAGCCGGCGGUCCCACCCCGCGGCGAGUGUCCUAGCAGCUCUUGGCUCACUCGCUGGGCCUGGACGCCACCCCAGUGCCCACCACCUGGGGAGUGGAGGGGUCAGCUCUGGAAGGUCCUCGGCAAGGCGCACCCGCACAGCCCCGCGCCGGGACGGGGAGACCUCGACGACGUGGCAGCAAGAGACGAAAACCCAGCCGUGUCUCUGCCCGGCCGGGCCCCGGGGCGCCGCAGGCUCCCCCGCCGACGCCCGCCCGCCUCCUGCUCCCCCGUGGCCCCCCGCGCUCUAGAACGGGGGGCUUCGCAGGAGAACGGCUGCUCUCUGCAUAUUUCACCUGCAGGCGAGGACACCGAGGCCCAGAGCAGUUCAGCGAUUCGCCAGACAUCACAUACCCAGCUGUGCUCUCCGCCCGGGAUGCUGUCGCCUGCAGCCGAAAGCCUCUCGAGAUGAAGAAAAAUGUCCGGGGUGAAAACGAAGACAAGCUGACUCCUUCGUGAAUGACCGGGAGCUUCUGCAGGGAAGGGCACCGCGAACCCCACUGUCUCGUGUGUUUGAAAUCUGCCGAUUUUACCAAACGUGAUCAGACGCUGGGGAACUACUCCUGCCCCCGCCCAACCCUCCUCUCCCUCCCCCGCCGCCCCCCCACCCCGUCACCCUGCUGGUCUCCAGCCCAGUUAAGGGGAAUGUCCACCGCAGAAGGCCCAGUGCCUCAGAGAGGAUGAAACACCCUCUAAAUGCACAUUAUUGUUAUUUUUAUUACCGGCAUCAGAGCAAACCACCAGUUUAAAAGAGCUAAUUUAGUUAGGUCAGGCAUAAGUGCUACUCGAGUUGAAAACUCAUUCUCCUUUGCGGUAUUUUCUUUUGGGUAUAAAUCAAGAGAAGGGCUCUAAAAAUAUUUUUAGUACCAGUGGCGUUCAAUCAUCUGGUCAGUCACCUCUCAGCACACUUACCGACGGGGACCUCCGUGUGAUUCCCCCGACGGGCCUGCCCACCGGCCUGCCUUCCUCCCUCCACUCAAACCGUAUCCGAUUUCACCGGUUCCAAAAGGGAGCGGAGAACUCCACCGCCCACGACUGUGCAGCGCGGGGGAGGGGCUCCACGGCAGACCCACGCUGUGUGGACCUGGGGGGAGCUCUCCUGGUUACAUGGGGUGGGGGGGCUCCCACGGGGUGGGGGGACUCCCCUCUCCACUCACCUGUGCCUCCCCAGAACGGCCCUCCCUCCCCCCCACCCCACCCCCCAGUGGACACACAACCCAAGUCCUCCUGUGAAAGUUAAAUAUCCCCGGGAGGCCAAACGCCGUGUACCAGGACUGGCACACGGGCCACUCGGCCGCUGGCCCCGCCUGAGCCCGGGGUGGACGUUCCUAAUCCAUCAGGCUCGGCGCCCACUAAGCGGGGGCCCCAGGCAGAUGCCCCCACGACCAGAGUCAGCCCGUGGGUGGGGACCGGCAGCCACCCCCACCUGAACCCCCGGUGGGGAAGAAGACCAGGACGAGGGAGAGGAAGGUGAUGGAUGUAACCCACGACGUGUACAAAAUUAA